GAAAAACACAGUUACACGGACACAGUUACACAGUUGGAAUGCGUGCGGUGGGCUGAUAUGGGCUGAUGGCAGUAAGGCCGCCAGUUGGAGCCUGUCCGUCUCCAUGGACAUGCUUGUUCGACGCAAGGGCCCCUCGGUCUCCUCGGUUGCCGCCUUGCCGUGGCGCUGCAUCGAUCUCCGCCCGGCGCGCCACGUGGUCCGCGCAGUCCGCGCGGCGCUCCCGGCGCUUGCAACGCCGCGAGAGAACGAGGCUCCUCCUGGCCUUGGCCUUCUGUGCGGCUCUGGUCACCUGGGCUGUGCACCUGCUGGAUGAGCAUCGUGCACGACGGUGGCUGCGGCAUUGGCAUCGAUGGUGGCGGCACCAUAGGUCCUGGUUCACCAACGAGCGCCUCGCCAUCCUCGGCGCGCUGCUGCUGGCGCUGCUCAGCGCUCCGCAGCGCGCGGAGCGACGACGCCAGCAGCUGCGCCGCAGCGGCCGCAGCAGAGGAGCAGCUGCACGUACGCCCACAUCCGAGAGGCGUUCUUCCCGGGUCACCCCAGUCUCCGCUGUGAGUGCGCGGGAAGAUGCCUUGGAGCAGCUGCAUCGAACCCUCCAAGAGGGCGAUGCCGUGCGCGCCGCGAUCCUCAUUGAGACCUGGGGUCAAGGGUCAUCAAUGGAUCCAUUGCAGCGCCCGGAGUUGCAGAUCCUCUUGGAGGAGGCGGCCCGGCGGGCACCAGAGCUGUUGCCCUGCCUGGCCAACGAACUGGAACAGCGAGGAGUUUCCUUGGACUGGUCGGUGACGAACGACUGCCGCGCCAACUUCGGGCGCUACGCGUUGGAUUCGGCGCUGGAAGUCCUUGUGAAGGAGACCCGCAACGAGCAGGUGGCCUUGUCCUUGCUGAGCAUUGGCCAAGGCAGCGGUCAAGGUGACACCUCUCAACUGGAUGCAGAUCCGCUGAUGCGUGCAGCAGCGGCGCAGGGCAUGACGAGGUUGGUUGAGCGACUGGUGAAGGAUUGUGGCGCCUCAGUCAACUCCAAGGACCCUCGCUUUGGCAGCACAGCUUUGGACCGUGCAGUAGAUGCUGGGAAGGAGCAGACCGCCUUGAAACUCCUUCAGUUGGGCGCUGAUCCCUUUGCAGGACGAGGGGUGGGAUACAUCUUGGCCCGCGCGGGGCCGGAGGUGCGAGCCCAGCUCCCGACCACGAGCGUCGCUCGGGAGGAGGUCCCAACGGACCUGUCUGAGGCCGACUUUGAGCAGCUCCGACAGCGGCUCCCAAAGAUCUCGGAGCGCAUGGUGCUGCAAGAGCUCCAAAGCAAGAGGCUCUCCAAAGUGCAGCUGGCACAACUCUUGCAGGAAGCCGCCAGGCUUGGCUUUCGACCUCGGCUGCUGGAACACCUCUGCGAGGGCUUAGAGCGUCAACAGGUGCCCUUGAACUGGGAUCAGGCCAGUGUUUUGGACGCGGCCUUUGCUCGAAGGCCUUUGGAUGCAGCCUUGGAGACUGCGGUGGAGGAGAAUCCGGACGCCCGGGCCGCAGUGUGGCUGCUGGACGAGGGCAUCAAAAACUCCAACGGAAGGAAGUCCCGGUUGAACGCCAAUCCCUUGCUGCGCACAGCCGCUAGUAGGUGCCAAGUGCCUUUGAUUGAACGCCUGGUGGAGAUCAACGCAGACCCCAAUGCGCCAGAUCCUCGCUAUGGCAGCACGGCCCUGGACCGCGCCGUAUCGGCAGGCUGCACCGGGGCAGCUUUGACCUUGCUCUCGCUGGGCGCGGAUCCCGACGCCGGGCAUGGUCGUCGCAGCUUACUGGAACGCGCCAGUCCGGAGGUGGCAAAGAAAAUUCGAUCGAUUUAAAUCAAAA